AUGGGCCCUCACCAUGGCGACGACGUGGACAUUGCUGCCCAGUACGCCAAUCAGCUCGAAGGCGAGAAUGCGUAUACGCGCAAGGAAUGGGUGCGAUUGAGAUGGAAACUCGAUCUGCGCCUUGUUCCCCUCUUGUGGUUCAACGUGACUCUGGGCGCCAUGGACAAGGUCACCACUGCAACAGCUGCGCUUUACGGGUUCCGCGAAGACACGGGACUGACAGGAGACCGCUAUAGCUGGGUCGGCAGUGCUUUCUACUUUGGCUAUCUCUUCUGGUGUCUCCCCAGCGGCAGUCUGCUCCAACGGUUCCCCAUUGCGAAACUCCUAUUUGUCGUUCAGCUUGUCUGGGGAGUAAUCCUCAUUGCCACCGGAUUCGCCAACAACUUUCCGACUCUUAUUGCCCUUCGCGUACUCCUGGGCGCUCUCGAGGCCCCGAUCGUCCCUGGCAACUUUCUCGUUCUCGGCAUGUGGUACACGCGACGAGAGCAGCCAAUCCGAACUGGCCUUAUGUACACCGGUCUUUCCGUCUGCUUCACGGGUCCUAUCGGAUGGGGCAUCGGAUUCCUUGUGGGCGAACACCAGUGGCGCGCUAUGUUCUGGAUCACUGGAGCCAUGACCAUCGUCUGGGCCUGUGUUAUCGGGCUCCUCCUUCCGGAUAACCCUGUCAAGGCCAAGUUCGUGACUGAGCGCCAGAAGGCCAUCGUCAUCGACAAACUCCGUGAAGACCAAACCGGAGUCGAGAACAAGACCUUCAAGAUGGACCAGGUUAUUGAGACUCUUCUCGAUCCCAAGACCUGGCUGAUGUUCCUAUUCAACAUUUUUAUCUCUAUUCCCAAUGGCGGCCUGACCAACUUUGCCCCUCUUGUCAUCAAAGGAUUGGGAUACACGUCUCAGCGAUCAACCCUUCUGAUGAUGCCAACUGGAAUCAUGCAGACAGCUUCUUCAUAUAUCUGCAACGGUUGCGUUUUCCUCUGCGCCAAGUACAUUCCUCACAAGCAGUGUCGCGUUGCCUGGGUCAUCUUCGGCAUCGUCGUUGGUCUAAUCUCUGCGACUUUCCUAUAUACGCUUCCCUUGGAUAACUUCAACGGUCGCCUAGCUGCGCUAUACAUGUCCUAUUUCUACCUCGGACCUUACAUCGUGGCUCUCGGUAUCAGCACAGCCAACACUGCCGGCCACACUAAAAAAGUCACCACCAAUGCGCUCAUUUUCAUCGCCUACUGUGUAUCCAACAUUGUUGCGCCCCAGUUUUUCAAAGCGCACCAGGCCCCUCUUUACUCUCUUGGAAUUGCGGCAAUUCUGGGCAGCUACAUUCUGGCCAUGAUCAUGAUUAUUUUGUACGCUACUUAUUGUUGGUGGGAGAACCGGAGGAGGGAUGCUAUCGAUGGGGCGGCCGGAGAGCGAGUCCACGCCGACACUGAUUUCCGCGACUUGACUGACAAGGAGAACAUUCACUUCCGAUAUGUGUGGUAG